AUGGGUAGAGCUCCGUGCUGCGACAAGGCCAACGUGAAGAAGGGGCCCUGGUCUCCCGAUGAAGACGCAAAGCUCAAGGCUUACAUCGAGGAGCACGGCACGGGGGGGAACUGGAUUGCGCUUCCUCACAAAAUUGGUCAGUCGAAUUCUUCUUCGUUCUUCUGCUGCAUCCUCCUUUUUCUUUCUUCCAUCUCGAGGGAAGGAUCAGCCGAAGACAAUUUUGCGAAACCAUAAAGGAAUGGAGGAUAGCGCCAGGAGGAAGCUCUCUCUCUCUCUCUCUCUCUCUCUCUCCCCCCUCCUUCCCUCCCUCCCUCCCCUCCAAAUAGAGAAGAAAAAACGCUGCGAAGACGGGUUCAUCUGUUCAAAUACUAGUGAUCUGUCUUCCUGAGAUUGUUAGAGAGCUAUUGGCACACGCAGUUGACACACGAGAUUUAGUUCAGAUGAAAAAGCAGGGUCUACCGCUUGGGAAAAAAAUUGCUGACCAAGAUUUUGAGAUCUCCAAAGAGGCAAUCUUCUAAUGUUUCGCGUAUUUGUAUCCGUCGGUGAAUGUGUAGGGCUAAAGAGAUGUGGGAAAAGCUGCAGACUGAGGUGGCUGAAUUAUCUGAGACCUAAUAUCAAACACGGUGGCUUCUCCGAGGAAGAGGACAAGAUUAUAUGCAGCCUCUACAUUAGCAUUGGGAGCAGGUUACUCCUCCCUCUCCCUCUCCCCCUCCCUCUCCCUCUCUCUCUCUCUCUCUCUCUCUCUCUCUCUCUCUCUCUCUCUCUCUCUCUCUCUCUCUCUCUCUCUCUCUCUCUCUCUCUCUCUCUCUCUCUCUCUCUCUCGCUCUCUCUCUCUCUCUCUCUCUCUCUCUCUCCCUCACUCUCUCCUCUCUCUCUAUAUAUAUCUAUGUCUGCGUGAUUUUUCGCGAAACAAUAAUCUUUUUCAUAAGCUUAGCAUGAUCGAACUGAGUUUCUUAACUAUAUGAGUAGCUCACGGGCAUCUCAAACAUGCAGGUGGUCAAUAAUUGCAGCCCAGUUACCUGGAAGAACAGACAAUGACAUCAAGAACUACUGGAACACUAGACUGAAAAAGAAACUGCUCGGAAGGCGCAAGGAGCCACGGAACCGUCGUUUCCCGUCAACAGCUCAAGAAUCGAAAGAAGUCGCCGACGGGAUGAGCUACGAUGCUCCGUCGCAAGGCCUCAGCGCAUCUGCACUCGAAAGAAUGCAACUCCAGAUGAAGCUCCAUGGACUACAGCACCCUCUGGCCUUCCUCAAUAACCCUGCACUGUGGCCCAAGUUCCAUCCUUUCUGUGGAAGGAUCCCCAUGGAAGAUACGGCGGUGCAACAAGCCCCCGAUACCGCCGCCAUGGUAGAACCUUCCGAAAGAGUAGCAUUGCCAAACGGCUCCCAAAUCUCCCACUCGAUGGUCGGCACCAAUCUCGCAGAUAUUGAAGCUUCUUCCUUGACUGGUCUCACCUCGCCUCCGAGCUCUAUGGUUCUCAACACGGAGCAGCCGGAGGCUGACUUCGGCUCGGCGGUGGCGUUGCAGGCGGAACUAAGUAGUUUGAUUUACGGAAAGAUUGACUACCUGCCGGAAAUCCAUCAGGCGGGCAUUUUCAAGGAGAUGGGGACGAUGAAGGAAAGCGGAGUCUGGUGCCCACCAGAUAACGGUUUCGGGGAGAAGUCAGUGUUGACUUCAUGGGACUCGGCUUCUCUUUUCCAGCCGUGGAAUUUGCUUCAGGAUUAUGUGCCGGGGUAUGAUGUCUAG